GACGGUCUGGGCACGUCUUGGAGCGCUCUUCUAUCUCUCCACAAACUGCUUCAUCUAAGGCUAUCUAAUAUCACGCAUAUACCUCUGGCGUUCAAGUGCCACAACACGCAACCUGUAGAGACAGCCUUAUAUGAUCUUCUCGGUGUACAUCCCGAGGCCAGCGAAGACGAUAUUAAGAAAGCGUACCGGAAAAAGGCCAGGGAGCACCACCCAAAUCCUGAUGAUCCUUUGGCGGGACAGAGAUUUCAGGAGAUGGCCGCUGCGUACGAGAUUCUCAGCUCAGCGGAAACACGAGAAAUCUACGACCAAUUUGGCGCGGACGGCCUGUCUAAAGGUGGCCCGCAUGGACCCGGAAUGAACCCGGAAGACGUCUUUUCAGAGCUAUUCAGCCAAAUGAAUUUCGGCUUUGACUUCGGCCCUGGUUCGCGGAGACGAACAAGAGGCGAGGACUCCGUCAUUCCGUACGAUGUGUCACUAGAGGACCUCUACAACGGCAAGACGGUGAAGCUGAACAUGGAGAAGGAGGUUCUGUGCGGCGUGUGCAAAGGGACAGGCGCAAAGGGCUCAGCAAAGCCGAAAAAAUGUGUGAAGUGCGAGGGCAAGGGCUGGACAAUGGUCUACAGCCAAAUUGGACCUUCUCGCGUGGGCACAUCACGGGCAAUGUGCACAGACUGCGAAGGCCACGGCGAGAAGUUGCGGGAAAAAGACCAAUGCAAGAAGUGCAAGGGUCGAAAGACAGUCAAGGAGAAGACACGACAAGAGAUUUUCAUCGAGCGCGGUAUGACAGAUCGUCAAAAAAUCGUCCUGGCAGGGGCCGGCGAUGAAGAGCCAGGUGUCCCCGCCGGCGAUGUGGUUUUCGUUCUGCGUACCCGUAAACAUGAUUUGUUCGAACGGGCAGGCAACGACCUCCUGACGACCGUGCAUAUCACCCUGUCUGAGGCGCUCUUGGGCUUCUCACGGAUCCUGCUGACACAUCUAGACGGCCGUGGCAUCCAUGUAUCGAGCCCACCGGGGAAGGCCGUCCAACCUGGGGGCACCAUCGUCCUGCGCGGCGAGGGCAUGCCCGUCCACAAGAACUCGGGCCACAAGGGCAACCUUUACGUCAUACUUGAGAUUGAUAUGCCCGACGAGGAUUGGCUCCGUUCCGUCGAUAGGGCGGCGCUGGAACGGCUCCUUCCGCCAAAGAAGCUCGAGAUGGACCCGCGGCCAGAGACCAUAGACGAGGUGCCAUACGAGGAAACGGACAUGGCGGACGUGCGUGCCCCGCCCUUCUCCGCUGGGUCGCCCUUCUUUGACCACUCCGGUUUUGGUUUUGGCCAGCAGUUCGGCGAGGGCGAUGAGAGGGACUGGGUCGAUGAGGACGAUGAGGACGAGGAGGACGGUGCGUGGGGCGCGCAGCCUGAGUGCUCGCACCAGUAAUCUGCGCCUGGUUCCCUCGGGAUCGCUCCUACGCCAUGGAUGGGAUCUUUCGUGCAUGUCCGUGCUAUGUCAUCUACCACUUACUAUACAGCGACACCCCUGCUUAUUGUCGUGCAUUCUCCACUCUG